GACAGGGCCCACAUGAUACAAGAAAGACAUUUUUUCUUGCCUCUGUCUGACUAGCCUUUACCACUUGGACACCAUGAAAUCAGCAGUCUUUGUCCUACUCUUGGGUCUGACAUUUAUAGCCAUUACAGAAUGUGCCAAAUGCAGGAAGCAGGUUGAUUGCAGUAGUUACAAAAAGUUACCUCCAGGAGAAGAGAGAUUAUGUACUGAGAUCUAUGCACCCAUUUGUGGAUCGGAUGGCACAACAUACAGCAAUGAAUGCUUCUUUUGUUCUGAAGUUGUGAAAAGUGAUGAAGAACUUAAAUUCAAACAUUUUGGUGACUGUUAAACCUAUUUUGUGAUUCAAAAAUGUUUCAUGCAUCUGCCCCAAAGAAACACUAAUUCCUUUUCCUAUCUAAUCAACACUUCAUUGCCUAAUCAUGUCACCAUAAAGACUUGAUGUCCUUGCAAAAUAAAGGAGAUUUGCGUAGCAUAAA